UCAGACCGCCGUAUAAAAUAACUCACCGUGCGACGAAUAAAAUAAACUACAAAGAAAUAAAAGCAAAAAUCUGCAGGAGAUCGGCAUGGUCGCUGCCCGAUAUUUUAUAUACACUAUUAAAUAAUAAUCCCAAGCGAUCGGCAGUGAAAUUUCUAAAUUAACCGGCACUUUUUCAGGAAAAAUUCUUACGAGCAGUAGUUUUAACGGUUCUGGUUUGGCCAAAUGAAAGGCGUCACCGUGGACGUGCAGGCUCUUUUAUACUGACCAACAGCCAUCACUCGCUGCAUCCGCAACGCGGCCACCGUCCCGUCCUGUACGGUUCCGGCUGCGUGACCGCUUGCGCGACUCCCUUUUGUUCCCGGCAUCCGUGUCGCCGGCAUUGUGCGCCCUGUGCGGCAGCUGGCUACAUUCGCCCUACUUUUGCACACAUUUGCCGUUCGGCGUCGCCGUUACUUUAGCACGCGCAGCACAGCGGCCAAUUACUACGGCGUUAAACCGCGCGUAAUGCCGGUUAUUAACGACGACGGCAUGCGGCGUACACUGUGCGCAGCGGCGCGCGCCAUUGGCCGGCACUCUCGCCGCUGUCACCGGCAGCGCUGCGAACUCUGACGAAGUGUCGCGCUUGCGCAAUCUUACGCAACCCUUCGAACUUGGCCAGCUCCAGUUAACGUAAGCAACGAAAGUCGGAAAAAAUGAAAGUGACAGUGAGCGGCUUAAUCGACAUUCCGAUUCAUGCUGUAAUUUCGCAGUUUUCACGGUUCGGUGAAGCAGCCAAGUGAGCGCAUUGCGACAGUUAACACUUUGCGCUGCGGACGGCGCAGCUGAUUCUUAAACAAUGUGGAGUACACGGUGCGUUGUGUUAGCGGUGAUCGUGGUGUGUGUGGGAGCGGCGCCUGUGGAUGAGGAUGACGAUGCGGGCGCGUACGGGAACGUGCGGACCACCAGGAAGGCGGUGACGGAAGCGCCAAAGGUCACCACCACCAAGGCGCCCAAGAAGCCGGGUUACGGGGAUCAGGGCACGGAGCUGAUCAACACCGAGGAGGUGGAGGUCACCAAGAAGCUGACGCGGUCUUCGACCACCACCACGCAGGCGCCGGUGACGCCGGCGAAGGUGCGGACAACCACGACGGCAGCGGAAGACGAGGAGGUCACCACCCCGGCGCCGGUGACGAAAGCUAAGGUGCGGACGACCACGACGGAGGCGGAAGAGGUGGAGGUGACUACACCGGCGUCCACCAAGGCGCCGGUGACGAAGCCCAAGGUGCGGACGACCACCACGGAAGCGGAGGUGGAAGAGGUCACCACCGCGGCGUCCACGAAGGCCCGAGCGACGAAGGCGCCGUACGGCGGGGAGGAGGAGCAGACCACCAAGGCAAAGGUGUCGAGUAAGGCCACUACCGCCGCGACGGUGGCCAGCACGACGGAAGUGGAAGAGGAAGAAGAGACCACCACCACUACUAAAGCUCCGGUUAAGGUCACAACGGCAACGACGAAAGAGCGGGCGCGGAGCAAGGCGCCCGCGUACGGCGGGGAGGAGGAGGCGGUGACUACCACCAAGGCCGCUAAGAAGACCGUCGCCACCACCGCCGAGGCCACGGAGGAGACGACGGAGGCUACGACAAGGGCGCCCGUUAAGAAGACGACCCAAGGAGUUGAGCUGAUUAACACCGAGGAGAAGGAGGUCACCCAGAAGCUGACGCGCCCCACCACGCCGGCACCCAAGCCCACCACGCCGGCACCCAAGCCAACCACUACCACGACAGAGGCCCCGGAGGAAGAAGAGACCACCCCCGCGGUGGUGAUCACGACACCGGCAGCCAAGAAGACGCCGGCGUCCACCAAGGCCAAGAGCAAAGCCGGCUACGGUGAUGAGACGGAGGAGGCGACUACUAAAGCCGCGAAGAAGACCACCAUCACCGAAGCACCGGAAGUGGAGGAGGUGGAGACGACCACGCCCAAGCUAACCCCAGCCCCGGUGAAGACGAUGACGACCACCAAAGCCGCUAGAAAAACUGUUGCCACCACCGCCGAGGUCACGGAGGAGACGACGGAGGCCACCACGAAAGCGCCCGUUACGAAGACGACCCAGGGAAUCGAGCUGAUCAACACCGAGGAGAAGGAGAUCACCCAGAAGCUGACGCGCCCCACCACACCGGCACCUAAACCCACCACGACCACGACGGAAGCCCCGGAGGAAGAGGAGACCACACUGAUCAACACGGAGGAGAAGGAGGUCACCGUCAAGCUGACACCGGCGACGAAGGCCCCCAAGGUGACGACCACGACGGCCGCUGAGGAAGAGGAAGAGAGCACCACUGUCAAGACCACGACGGUGAAGAAGGUGCGCGCCACGACCACCACGGCUGCCGAAGAAGAGGAGGAGACCACCACGAAGGCGAAGGUGACCCCCGCGAAGAGUAAAGGCGGUUAUGGUGAUGAGACGGAAGAGUCCCAGACCACCACCGCCGCCAAGAAGAAGGCCACAGCGACCACCACCGAGGCACCGGAAGAAGAAGUGACCACCAAGAAGCCCGCGGCGAAAGCCACGACGACGGUCGCCGGUGGACAGGAGCUCAUGAUGCUCAUCAACACCGAGGAGAAGGAAGUGACGGUCAAACUCCCGGCCACCACGAAAGCACCAAAGGUCACCGAAGCGGAGACAACGACGGCCGGAAGUGAGGAGGAAGAGGAGACCACCACGACAACGAAAGCCACGACGAAGAAGGCCCCGAAGACCAAGGCCACUACCGCCGCCGUCCAAGCCACGUCGAAGGGAAAGAGCAAGGCGGAGUACGGCGCGGAAGAGGAGGCGGAAGCGACGACCAAAGGUCGGAUCAAAAAGCCCGAUGCGGGUGGACAGGAGCUGAUCAACACGGGCACGGAGGAAGUCAACAUCCAGAUCACCAAGAAGCCCAAGAAACCGGCGGCUACGACGCCCUCCAUCAUGGAGUCUGGAGGCGAUCAGGAAGGCGGGGAGCAGAGCGGGGCGGAUCAGGGGGAGGAGACCAGCACCCAGGCCGCCAAGAAGAAAGGCACGACUACGGCCGCGGCUGCGUCGGCGGUUGACGCGGGGGAGGUAAGGAAAAGGAAGACGACACCGGCGUCCACCGGAAGUAGCCAAGACAACGCGGAAGCCGGGGAAGAGACGCAGCAGCAGCAGACCACCGCUGCUAGCGCACACAAGGCGGAAGAGGCUGAUAACGGAGAGCUAAGGAAAAAGACCAAAGCGACGACCACCACGGCGGCGAGUGUCCAGACAGCAUCGGCGGCCAGCGAGGGCGGAGGCGAGGAGCAAGAAAAGCAGGCCACCGUGGCGUCGGCAGCGGGCGAAGCUUCUGGAGAAGAGCAGGCGACCAAAAAGACUACCGCGGCGUCGGCGUCUGGCGAAGCUUCCGGUGAGGAGCACACGGGGAAGAAAAAAACGACGCCGGCGGCACAGAUGAACGCGGGGUCGGUGGAAGAAGGAAGCGCCAGUGAAGAGGAAGUGUCAAAGAAGACCACGCCGGCCGCGGAGCAGGAGGUCAGCACGGCCGAGACCCGUCGGCGGAAGCGCCCACGGGCCACCACCAUCACGCCGGCCGUCACCAGCACCGCAGCGGGUGGGAACAGCCAUUCGGAGGAAAGCAGCGAGGAGGAAGUAAUCAGCGCCACCACGUUGGCGACUACCACCAGCGCCGCGGCGAAUGCGGAGGCCGAAGCGACGGCGCGCCGGAUGAAGACCGGUCAACCGACUACGGCGGAAGGUGUGACGGAAGCCAGCACCAGCACGGCGGCGUCCACCGCGGUCGUCGUUAACGGGACGACCAAGUAUACGCCGACGCCGCGACCCUUCCCGACGGAAGCUCCCACCACCACUACGACCACCACCACGACGACGACGUCGACCGCCACUCUCAGCGCCGGCGCCGACACUGGGGCGAACGCCACCCGCCCGUCGGCGUAUUCGGGAGGCGAAAGCGCACCAGCCGCUCCUUCCAGUGGAGGCAACAGCGCAUACGCGGGUGGCCAGCAGCGCGGCGGCUACGGCGGGCAGGACGACCGCCCUCAGUGGGGCGGCUACGGCGGCAUGGACAACGGCGACCGGAUGGGAAUGAGCAUGUGGAACCCGCCGGAGCCUCCCUUCCCACCGGAGCCCCGUUUCCCCAACCUCGACAUGAUGAUGCCGGGUAUGGGCAUGUUUUCCGGUUUCGGCGGCGGCGGUGGCGGGGGUUUCGGGAUGAACUACGGCGGCGGCUACGCCAAGGACGACGGCUACGGGAACCGUGUGGGGAUGGCACGGCGCCGGCCCCUGGGCGGUUGGAUGCAGCGCUGAUGCCGGCAUUGUCUAGCUGUUUGAAUGUUUGUCGGUAUUGAUUUUUCUACAGUUUUUCUAUUCCGGUGAAUGGUCUGUGAUUAGCCAGCGCUUCCGUGCCGUGCAUUGAAGAGUGUUUUUGUGUUUGAGCCGUUGAAUGAGGCUCGAUUGUCUGUUGAGAAUAGGAUCGGCAAGCGGCAGCGCUGGAAGCCACACUUUGCUAAUUAAAGCGACUGAGCGUUG